GUUUCCGAUGUCUCAUGAAUCCUUCUGUCAAAUUUUAUCUCGUGUCUCGGUAUCGUGACGUUUAUUAUUUUUAGACGUUUUUUCUUUUAAUGUCAAAUUUUAAUUCGUAGCAAUGGUGAAUACCGAAGUGAUUCAAAAAACGUAUCCGCUUCACUGGCUCGUUUGGAAUAAUAAUUAUGUUCAACUCGAUAAGGAGUUGUCCACAAAUCUGCACGAUAUAGAAAAGCAUGAUAACAGGGGAAGAACGCCACUGAUGUUGGCCGUAACACUUGGUUAUAUGGAUUCAGCUGUAGUUUUGCUACAACAUGAAGCGAACGUUAAUACUGAAAAUACACAAGGCUGGAGUGUUGUUCAAGAGGCAGUGGGAACGGGGAAUCCAGAAUUACUCCAAAUGGUCUUAGCUAGGCGAGACUUCCAAAGAUACUGCAAUCGUGUAGCUGGAAUUCCAGAACUCCUUCAUAAACUAAAACAGGCACCGGAUUUUUAUGUGGAAAUGAAAUGGGAAUUCACAAGUUGGGUUCCUCUCGCAUCUCGAAUGUGUCCGAGCGAUACUUACAAGGUUUAUAAACAAGGUAGCAAUGUGAGGAUCGACACGACUCUUCUCGGUUUCGAUCACGCUAAUUGGCAACGAGGGAAUCGCAGUUACGUUUUUAAAGGACAAACUGCACCAAGUCCUCCUGUGGUGAUUAGGUGCGAGCGCAGUUAUGUCUUCAGCAUGCAAGGCAACCACGCAGAUGACGGAGCAACAAUGAUGGAAGUUGACCACGAAACGAGAAAAGUUUACGUUGAACACAUGAAACUUAUCGGUGACGAAAAUGUUCAGUUAAUGGAACCCUCAGAAGAAGGCAUUUUGUCGAGGCUCACAACGCCUAUAGUAACUACAUAUAUCGACACUGAUAAAAUUAGUUUCGAAAGAAAUAAAGCCGGAAUCUGGGGCUGGCGAUCAGAUAAAAGUGAGGCGGUAAACGGUCAUGAAUGCAAAGUCUUCAGCGCUAGUAAUGUCGAAUUAAUAACAAAAACGCGAAUGGAACAUUUAUCGGAAACGGAUAAAGCGCGAGCCAGAGCACCUCGAACUCCACUUCAGUCGUUUUUGGGAAUCGCCGAGCAACAACAGGAAACGUCUGGAGCUACUGCUAGUGAAGAAUACAUGAACGUUGGAAAUCCUUCAAAUAUCACGGCUGAAGAAUAUUUUGAUCCUGCCGUAGAUUUGAGUGGCAGGGAUAUCGGUAGACCAAAAGAAGUCAACACGAAGAUUCAAAAGUUCAAAGCAACUCUUUGGCUCAGUGAAGAUUAUCCUCUCAGCCUUCAAGAACAGAUCAUGCCAAUUGUCGAUCUUAUGGCAAUAUCUAGCUCGCAUUUUGCCAAAUUGAAAGACUUCAUUCAAAUGCAAUUGCCGGCUGGAUUCCCCGUCAAAAUUGAAAUCCCGCUCUUCCACAUUUUAAACGCGAGAAUAACCUUCGGCAACAUUUUCGGUUUGGAUCAAGAGGUUCCUCACGUUGGUCGUUUGCAGGAAUCGAAUAGAAUGACUUGUCUCGUUGACGAUAUUUGCUUCGAAGCUCCCCCUGGAUACACAAAAUUAGGAGCCGAAGUUCGGGCGCAAUUUAGCGUGGAAGAAGAAGACGAUUUGCUCCAGUUUGCUAUUCAACAAAGUCUUAUAGAAUCUGGAACUGAUAAAGACGAGUUCGUAGGAGAAUAUUCGAAUUUAAAGCAAAAGGUGGAUAUUUGGGAGGCAUUAAAUGUUCAAAAACCUUCGCGGCCAACAACUCCAAAUAUGACUGCAGAGGAGGAAAAGCAAUUUCAAAGAGCAAUUCAAGCGAGCCUGGCUCUCUUCCGCGAGACAGCGACUGGCUGCACGGAAGAGGAGAUUAGAAAUUUACCAACCGCUGACCAGGAACCCGAGGAUGAUGAACCUUUUGCAGGCGCUACAGAACAACUCCAAAUGGCUCUCAGGCUCUCGGAGAAGCAGCAACUCGAAGAGGAACAACGACGACUCCUGGAAGAGGAAACUUUCCGACAGGUUCUUGAACUUUCGCUCACCGAAAAGUGAGAUUAAUAUCAGCCAUAAGAAUAAUUAAUAAAUUUAUAUCCGAUCGAAAUCUUCCUGGUAAGUCUGCAGAAUGGAAGAUUGAAAAUGCUUUCUUUGUGCAAGCAUUAGCGCCGUUCCCCGACUUUCUUUUUGUACGAGAAUGCGCGCGAGCGGACACAUUUUUUUCAAGCGCUGAAAGUAUAAGUAUUUUAAAUUUGAGUGUCCCCGAGUGAAAAGUCCAUUUGGAUUUUCACAUUUUCAAUAAAAACUCGAGAGCAUUCCAAAUUUCAAAGAAGGCAUUAAAAACUUGAAGAGUUUAAAUUCACAGAAUAAAGGGACUUAAAUGUAAAAAAAAAAAAGAGAAAGAAAUAAGUAAACCAAUUUGUAUCUAUCCCUGCCUUGAUGUUAGGUCUGGUCAUUUAUUCGCCUCAUUUCUCUGGCGUAUCUCCGAUUUUAUAAAAGUUUAUAUACGAAUAGUUUUCCUACUACGAUUAGGCGAUACAUCGAAGAGCGUCCUAGGGUAAAUUUCCUACUAACUAAAGUGGUGGUAUAUUUGUAUAAAAGUGUCAGCGAAAGUCGCGAAAUAAAACACUGCACCGAGUCCUACUCGUAUUCCGAUUGCGCCCUGAAAUGAGAAAUGUUACGUUGUUAUAACUAUUAUUACGAUUAUUAUAGCUAUUAUUACCAAUAUUAAUAUAUUACGUUUAAUUUUAGUCUUCAAAUACUAUUUUUCCCCCCCGCAGAAAAGUGAGAAUCUAGAUUGACGAAUAUAAGUGAUAAAUGAUAUAGAUACGAACUUUUUGAAAAUGGUACCGAGGAUGUUCGCGCUCUUGGCAAAUCGCGCCUCGUUUUUGUGAGCCUGCUGGUGCCACUUUUUGCGCAAAGCACUCCAAUGCUGUUUGUGCUGUUUCCAUAGCUCCUCUUUCGACUUGAGUGUUUGUCCGUCCUGUGAACAAAAAAUGAAUGAGAGAAAUUUAAAAAGAAAUGUUAUAAACAAGAAAAUUAAAUAAAUGAUAGAUGUUUAAAAUUUGAAACAGGUGAAAUAUAAAAGCAAAGCAAAUUUGGAAAAGAACUUCAGGCCCAAGCAUAAUGUAUGGACGGAAAUUACGAUUUUCGAGAUUUUAAAAUUAUAAAA